GUUUUAUCUUGCAAUGGGUUCCUUAGUUUAAACAAAUAGGGAUUUGAUUACUAGCUACUUUAAGUAAUAGAAUAGAUCUAAUCAUGUUUUUGAUUUCAGUGAGAAAUUGUUUCAGUUAACACUUAAUUAAUGAUGUAUACUCGUCCUACUACACACAGAUAUUGGUACAAGGAGGCACCGAAUACAUAUGCACCACAAAAAUCUCACUUGAUAUGUAUGGGGCUGUGAUACUGCCCGGGUGCCCAACCCGAAGCAGGUGGUUUUCUUAGGGGACCACACCCGGAGCCUUCGAUCUGACGGUUUGAUCCACAAGGCAGUGGAGCAACGUAAGGAGAUGCAUUCCCAUGGUAGCCGGUGACCAACGAUUGGUUCAUACGCCAUUUGUUCCUUCAGGAUACUGGAGCCCAUGUAUACCGUUGGUUUGGAAUCAGGGUUUUCCAACUCCCCUGGGUGGACUCACCGUGUCCACCAACCCGGUUAAAGCGACGGACAUUCGCUUUUCGUCCUCUCAAUUUCGUAAACAACACCCCCGCCACGAGAAGACAGUGAGUGGAAAUUCCCUGGCAGAGGCUAUAUACACGUGGCCAUGUGAGAGCAUUUUGAGAGGUAGAGCGGACUCUACCCACUCUCGGCCGUACCAGGGCAUUUAGGGGCACCACACUGUGCGUUGAAGCAUUUGGGAUCUCUGAUUUUUUCUGCUGAACCGCUUGUUUAUUUCGGUUUCACUCACCACUACUGUCAGUAGGCUUAAACACACUCAAGUCAUACUUAAAGUACUGUAGUCGUACCAAAUUGGACUUGGAAACAAUUCGCACCUUUUAAAAAUGCAUAAUAUCUUGAAAAUCCCUUUUUACAAUUUUCUCGAUUGUACUACAAGUUAUAACUGCAUUCUAGUUUGUUUCAUUGUCUGAACUCUCUUAUAUGCUUGUUGUCCUACUCGUCGUUUAUUUAAAAUUGUGUGUACUGAAUUUGCGAAAUGCACAAUAUUUACAUCAGUACUUAAAAAGUUUUGUACUUCGGUUUCUCAGUGAGUCGUGAUUAUUGAAUGUAGUGAGAUUGAUUUUUGUUUCAUGAACGAGUAAGCCCGAUAACUAUCAACAGAUAGGUAUAGACAUUCAAUAAAUUUCGGUUACUCCUUUCAAAUUAAUGUAUUUACACUCAAGCAUUCUAGUUACAGUGUUUCUUUAUUUGCUUGAUUACAGUGCCACAUUCAGAGCUAGAAAAGUAUAAAAUCAGGUAGUGUGCAAAGUGUCAGCCAUAGCGGAAAUAGGUUAUUCGGCCAUACGUAAGAAAUUAUUUCCUCUCACCAUUAAGGUUUUAUUGAUAACCGGAAUUAGUUCUUAUUAUACCUAAAUUGUCGUUAUGCUCAUUCAAGUGUACAUCAAUCCGAUAGAAUUUUGACUUUGUCUCAAUCAAACCUGCCUGCUGUCCAUUGUGCAUCAGUGUACGUAUACUGGAAUUCAUGUACGCUAAUCACUCACACGGUUUCAAAAUCGCGAAAUUAAGUCUUGUCACAAAAUAAACAACUAAUUAAUACAUAAUUAAAAUAAAUAUGACACGAAACAAAGCUCAACUAACAUAAUCAGCAUUUAUGCGUUUCGCGAAAUGGAGUUUUUUAAAAACUUUACUCCUUAUGUAUUUGGCAUUAAUUCCGUAUGAUCUGUAUUACUUUGAUAACGCCAAACUAUGAAGUAAGUGAUUACCUGCGGAGUUCACCUUCGAAAACUCAAUUUAGAGGUCAAGAUUUGAAGCUAAAUUUCCAUAACAUUCGUCUACCGACGUAAGUUUGUAUCUGUAAUUCAUCGAUUCAGGAUGCUAGGACUUUCACAAUUGUUCAUUAAAAUUCAGUGUUUUGGAACUCUUAGUGAGGAACAUAGUGAGUUCGCCAGUUCUGUUCACUCGUAGUUAACCUAUAUUCUCUACUUCGUGUUGUACAUUCACAAAACUUUACUGUAAACAUUGGAUAAAUUUCUCUUAGAUAAUUCGGCAGUAUAUAGGGACAUAGUUUGUCAGUAAUAUCGUUUCUAUUGGUGGAGUUCUGCAUCAAAAAACCGACAAGGCCCACCUUUGCUUCCACGAGUUAGUCGGAAAACAGGCGUUUGUUAGCAUACUGUUAAUCAGAGCAUCCAAUGGUGUACCUAAGCGUCCGGUCUUUGUCAUGUAUUACAAAUAUUAACCAAACCAUACAUAUUUGGCGCCAUUUUAAAAAAUGAGGUUUAUGAUUCCGAAGUUAAAAAAAUGUUAAAAAGCUAACUGUUAAGUGUCAUUUCACUUAUAACAUUCAUUUUAACAACUUGGGCUCUAUGUUUGGAACUCUAUAUUAUAUUUUGCGAUGGUGUUUUGUUUCAAAUUUUAAUAUUAUGAAAAUUGAUGGGUUCGCUAAUUUAACUAAACGUGUAAAAACGGGCUUAUAGGCUAACAAAGGAAGUAACAGCUGCACGUGAAGCUUUGGCUACAUUAAAACCACAAGCUGGUAUAAUACAACCAUCUCAGAUGAAUGUACAAAAUAUUAACACAACUCAUCAACCUCCUGCUGGCACAGCUCCAACUGUUCCUCCAUCCUUAGACACAAGUGACAACUCAAGUACUGUAGAUUCAAACCAGCUGCAAGAAGAGAUUGGUAUAAGCGAAGAUGUUAUCAACACUCUACAAGAACGGGCUAGUCAGCUUACAGCAGAGCGAAAACGACGUGGAAAAACAGUACCAGAAGGAUUGGCUAGAUCUAGAGCUAUUUCUGAAUACCAGCAACUCGCUAAUCAUGUAGGCCUUCAUUCUGCUAGCAUGCCUGGGAUUAAUUGUCUUGACAUCAGCAAGACAUCUCCUGAAAGAAUUGUAACAGGGGGUAACGACAAAACUGCUGUUGUAUUUGAUCUUUCUACAUCACAAGUCAUAUCCAUUCUCAAAGGACAUAACAAAAAGGUUACACAGGUUGUUUAUCAUCCGUCUGAAGAAUUAGUGUUCACAGGUUCGCCUGACACAACUUUGAGAGUAUGGGGUGUCGAACAAGGUCAAUGCGCAAGUAUAAUUCGUGCACACAAGGGACCUGUAACUGGUCUAAGUAUUCAUGCGACUGGGGAUUAUUUGCUUUCAUGCAGCUCAGACGGUCAAUGGGCAUUCAGUGAUUUGCGACAUGGACGCGUUUUGGUUAGAAUUUCCGCCGUGGAUAAAUCUGGCAGUAUCCAAGAUUUUUAACAUACUUUUAUAACUAUUUAUACCACUGAGGAUUAACAAUACCAAAAUUCAAUGCAUAAAAGUACGUUAUCGUCAAUGUGAUCGUGUUUGUCAGUCAAGAAUGAAAACACUUUUAAACUCAUGUAAGAAUGGAUAUCUAGCCCCAUUGCAUUCGAAUUCAAUGGAUCUUAGAUUUCAUUUGUUUUAUAUCAAUUUUAAAUGAAUGGGAUUUUCUGUCUCUUUCUUAGUUUUGCACAGAUGAUCCGUAAUUGGUGUAUAAUUUGAUUUACACGUGAAAGUGCUUUUGUAAGCUGUCCCAUUUAUGAUUAUUAUCAAUCUUAUUAUCAUUAUUUUGGUUCUAGAUAAUUCUGUGUAAUUUAUACUAGUCCCUUGGAGCAAUGAUUAUUACGAAUAUUGUAUGAAAAUGUCUUAUUUAGAGAACACGUGUUAUGCGGCUCUUUUGUAUUGGGUAGUUCCGAAGUUUCACUUUUUUCAGUUUAAUUAUAAUGAAAAAAUUACUUUGCGUGUUUCACUAUUCUAAUGACUUCAUUGUCAAUUGUGAUUUUUGUUAUCUUUAAUUGUUCAAGAUUAUGGUGUAAAUUUGCUAUGUUCGAAGAAUUAAGGUAUCAUCUAGGACCGGCGAACGGAACGAAAGUCAGCAACACAACAACGGGACAAGCUAAUGUAUUCCUCUCCAUCCUAACCCUGCUAACUAGGGGAAGAAGGCCAGAUUCAUAAACAGCUUGGAAGAGUGAACAAACAAGCACUCAACUUAUGCAUAUAUAUAUAAAAUACAAGAAUGUCCUUGAAAAACGUCACAUGAUAGCGUACUAAAGGCGGAAACGAGCCAAAGGCAUUCAAGAUCAUUCUAGGUGGGAAACACCACGUGAAGGUUAAAAUAGGCGCUUUUGACACGAAAAUGGGAAAUUGAAAUUUCCAUAACUAAAUUACAAGAAUGAGUAGUUUACCAAGUGAAUUUUGGGGAUCUAGUAUCCGUGACAAAGUUAUACUUCAUUCAUUUCAAAUAAUCUGUCUACCUUUUGUAGAUAUUUCUGUAUAAAUUUCCACCGAAUUCACAACUAAAUGUAAUAUUGUUUAGGUAUUCAAGUUACACGUGUUGCUAAUUUCAAGUGAAAUCGUGAGCAAUAGUUUAUCUCAGAUCUUUAUGAAAGUGUAUUGUGAACUUGAAAUCUACGUCGAUAAUUACUUUUCGUGUUAUUGCUUUUAGACCAAUUAUAUAUAGUUAUUUACUUAGUCCAUAUUUCUGAAUAUGUGUUCUCGAAAGUUUUACCACCGAAAUGAAAGCAGCCGCAAUUAAACCAUUUGGCUCGGAAAACUGAAAUACACCAAAAUCAUUCAUUUAAGUUUCAAAUCGUCUCCAUUAUUUCAGUUUGUAUUGUGAUCCUUAGUAGUUACAAUAAGUAAAAUAUUUAGUAUUAUAGCACUUCAGUUUUUUUAAUGAUGAUUUUAGCACUUACUUGCGCCCAGUUUCAUCCAGAUGGUCUUAUUCUUGGGACUGGUACUGCUGAUGGGGAGGUGAAAAUCUGGGAUGUUAAGGAACGGCGCAACGUUGCGAAUUUCGCACAUGGUUCAGGUACUAAUCAACUAGUUACAGCUGUCGCUUUUUCGGAAAAUGGAUAUUAUCUGGCUACAAGUGGUGGCGAUAGUCAAGUGAAGCUCUGGGAUCUGCGGAAAUUAAAGAACUUUAAAACUUUGGUAGGUGAUUUGUUGUCCUUUUCGAACAUAUGUACUCUUGCAACCGUGUAUGCUAUUUCAAGUCACUAUAGUGGUCUCUUAUCGUUUUAUCGAUGAAGACUGAUCUCAUAACAUCUGUCCAUCAAUAGGUCUGUAGUAGUUUUGCUUCGUUAAUCGAUCACCUCGAUAACCGUUAUGAUAUAAACCUCAAGGCAAAGCAAGGACUAAUAAUAGGAUUUGAGUACAUACAUAUAUGGGGAGGAGGAUGAAUGAUCGAGUGAUAUUUAAGCAGUCAACAUUUUAGCUAGAGUGUGAUCUAGUGAUCAUAACGGUACAAAGAAAUAUGCGAAUUGUUACUGUUCAAAUAACAUUGUCUGUUAAGUAAGUUAAUAAGAGGGCUUAACUAAGACUAACCGUAAUCGAAAUUGGUUGUAGGAUAGUUGCUACAGUUCUUCUAUUGGUGAUUGGUGAAUUACAUCUAGGCCUCUAGUAAAGUAUGUCCUAUAUCCUGUUUCUUGAAUUUACAUUCUCUACUUCAUUUAAUCCGUGUUUCCAAAGAAUAGUGUUCUUUCAUCGAGGAAUUUGAAAUUCUGUGUAUUAAAACUUGAAUUCAGUAUAAAAUACAACAAAUACACUAGGUAUGAUGGAGAAAACGUUUAAAAACUUUCUGUAUCGCCUAACUAUCGUUGUAGUUUUAUCCGUCCCAUAGUUCAUCAGCGAUUGUAGUUCUUCGUCUUCAAAUGUAGACCAUUUAUUCAUUUGGAAAAGAAGCUUAACACUGAAGUGGAGAAAUCUGAGGAUUUUAAUCCAUGGAAACUUGCUGUUCACAUAAACGCACUAUUUUUACUAGCUGUAAUCAAAAGUCGUCAAUACACACAACUACAGUUGGUAAUCAACUGAUUCACAUUGUUUCAUUUAUUCAGAAUAAAAUGACGUUCUUAUAUUCUUUGUAAGAUUGUCAUUUUCUGUAUAAUGGUCCAUUCUUCUUAAUAUAUUAGUGGUGUUUUAUUUAAUAUUGUGGAUAUUUACAUAGGUCUUAUUGUUAUAGGUUUUUUGCUCAGGUUGCCUUUUGAUUUUAGUUAAGCACAAUUAAAUGCAAUUUAAACGAUAUAGUUCACACUAUUUCAUAAUGUUGUAUCUGAGGUUCAAAAGUGUACAUUAAUUUAUUGUAGAUUCCUGGUGAAGAUCAGCCAUCCUACGAAAUAUGCGAUGUGGAAUUCGACCAGUCUGGUUCAUAUCUUGCUGUUUCUGGUACUGAUGUACGUGUGUAUUUGUGCAAACAGUGGGAUCAGUUAGUUUCGUUCAAUGCACAUACAGCUCCAGCAACUGGAGUUCGUUUUGGUGAGAAUGCAACUACGGUUAUUUCAGCCAGUCGUGAUCGUUCAGUAAAAGUAUUUGGUACAUAAAUUACUCGUGAUUUUGCUCGCAGUUAUCAUAUUUUGUUCUGCGUUGUUUUGUUGUAUAUCAACACCACAAAUAUUCUUGUCAUUGUAUUAUGUCUUUAUAAAAUAUAUAUAUGUAUUUGCAUUUUAUGCUUUUUUAGUUCUAGUAAUUGUGAUUAUAAAU